AGUGCAAAACGAGGCUUCGCUACGCUCGCAAGGCACGCAAAAAAAACAACGCUUCCCGGUUCCAUGUAAUAAUAAAAAAAUCAUACAUACGCGUUUUUUUUUGGCUUGUUGAGUCCGUGGCGUUAUAACGAUUUCGAAAUCUUAAUAUCGAGGCAAUAAAGUUACCAAUGAUAAAAACAACUAAAAAUUUGUGAAAUAUACAAAUCAAAAUAUUUAGACAAAUAUCCAAUUGAAAAUGAUACGCUGGAAAUUAAUGGAUUGUUGCACAAUUCUAUGGCAUGUGAUUUGCAUAGCAGUUUUAAUGCCGACCAUCAACUGCUUAACCGUGGAUAAUCAAUUGGUCUCGGCCAGGAAUGACUGCUUUGAACGCAUUGCUUUGGAGGCAAUGAUGCCAUUCGAGAAAACUUUUCGCACGGAAGACACCAACUCGCUGAGGAGCUGCAAAGAAAAGUGUCUGGCAGAGGGCGAUAAGUGUCAGUCGAUUUCAUUUGGAGUGCAUCGACGCGGAAAUGGCACCUGCCAAUUAUCCAAAGAGAAAUACAGCACCUCAGGCGGACGGCCAAAUGGUGUUAUCUUUGAUCCAGACUUUGAUUUAUAUUCAAGAAAGACGAAUUGUUUUGAUUUGGAUGAGCCUGAAGAGAGUGGAGGUGAAACGAAAAAUUAUGGCACCAGUUUGGCACCUACCACACCAGUGUUUUUGCCCACAAGACCUUCGCCGGGAACUCCGGUGUUGGUGGUGGAUCCCACACCUACAGUGAUUACAACAGUGCAGGAUGAUGGAGGGCGAUAUCCUACUCCCACCACGGGUUACAGUGAGACCACCUUAUAUAAUCCAGGUCCUGCAUCCACUCUGGAACCCUCAACUCCCACCACAGCUGCAGGUCCAGGGGGAGAUCGUUUGUAUUUCUCCCAGGACAUAUAUCCUCUGUUUAAAUAUCCCACUCUGUAUGAUCCUAAUUACCCAUCACCCAACCAGGAUGUUUACAUACCAGGUGGUUAUGCCUCCAAUGCACCCGAGGUGGCUGAUAGGCCAACAUCUUAUGACAGCACCAGACCACGACCGCCUCCGCCACAAAAUUCCAAUGGACCUCCAAAGCCCAUUUUUGGCCUGGGUUAUGGCAAUGGUUAUAGUUAUGGUACUCCUGAGUCUUAUAAUCCUUCAACAAUGCGUCCCGAAGAUUCGGGAUAUUCGCCUAAUGCCCCAAGGCCCAAUCCAAAUAGAGAUUCCUUACGACCUGGCCCAGGUUAUGAUAAUUCCCAUAGGGACCCCAUGCGUCUGCCUGGCUAUGAUAAUACUACGCCCCCAUAUUAUUCUAGGCCAGGAAGUGGUCAAGAUUCCUCAUAUGGUUCUAGGCCGGCAAAUGAUCGCAAUUCAUCUCCCUAUGGACCUAGGCCCAAUGACCCUAAUGGACCGUAUGGGUCUAGGCCUGGAGGUAAUGGUCCCAGGCCAGAUAACGAUCGUGGCUCACAGCCUCCUUAUGGUCCAAGACCAGAGAAUGAUCGCGGCACCGCUCUGCCCUAUGGUUCAGCUAGGCCAGAUGGUCGUCCUCCACCGCCUUACAACUCUAGACCUGAAAAUGAUCGCAAUCCCUCACCGCCCUACAGCACAAGACCUGAAAAUGAUGGCACCUCGCCACCUUAUGGCGGCAGACCUUCUUCCCAAAGGCCUGGCGACUUUGUGGACUAUACCAAUCGGCCAGAUGCCCCUGCCGAUGGCUCUUCUACCAGGCCUCCCUCGGGUCCUCCCUAUGGCCCAAAUGCAGGCAAUUCAUAUGAUACAAAUUAUGUGCGCCGUAAUGGUACAGCGCCCGGACGUCCUGGAGGUUAUCAGGAUGAUAAGAAGAUCAAUACCUAUUUUAACCCAGAUGAUUACCUGCCGGGUAACAAGAAACGCCCAGGUUCCUUUGAAGAUGAUGAUCGUUUGGAUGGAAAUCGAAUACCCAUGAAAGCUUGCUUCCGACGGGUGCUGGCCGGCAAAAGGGUGGCCCCUCAUUGGGUGCGACGGACCAUAGCAUGCGAACGUGUGGAGGAGUGUAUGCGAGAAUGUGGCCGUGAAAAACGUUUCACCUGUGAGGGCUUCAAUUAUCGCCUGGAUCCCUCGGGCCAUGGCCAAGGCGAUUGCGAGUUGAUUGAGAUUCCUUUGGCCCAGAUUGAUUUGUACUCGAGUGCGAAUAGGAGAGACUCAAAUCUACUGAGACAUCCCGACUAUGAUUACUAUGAGCGAGAUCGCAAUGCUCCGCCCAGCUGUCGUUACAAUGUUUGCCGUGAUUGUGGCAGUAAAUUGCCACCUCCACACUAUAAUAAGCCCAGUGGACAAUGGAGUGAUAAACCUCCCUACAGAGAUGAUCAUUAUCUGCCUUCACCGCCCAGUGGAGGAGGAGGAGGAGGUGGCAGCAGUGGAUAUUACAGUAGACCACCCAGUAGUUCUUCGUUAGAGCAUUAUGGACCCUCAGGUCCCUCGGCUCCUUCAUAUGAAUCCCAUGGGCGUCCCCCUCCGCCACAUCCACCGCCCUACUCCUAUGAACAUCAUAGUGGCUCACAUGAGUUCUCCUCCCAUAGUUCGGGUUAUUAUGAGCAUUCUUCGCAUAGCGGUUAUGGAAGCAGCGGUAGUUCAGGCCCAGGACCCAUAGAUCGCUAUGACAUACCACAUGGUGAUAGAGAUCGGGAUCGAGAUCGAGAUCGUUAUAGACCUGGAGGUCACUAUCCCUCCAAAUGGGAGCCGGUACCCAGCAGUGGCGGCUAUGAUGGCGGUUCAAAGCACUCACAGGAACGUUAUCGACCACCUUAUCGUCCAGGCCCGGAGUAUACACCCUAUCGUCCCUCUGGUCCAGAAUCGUAUCACCCUGGGCCACCUCCACCGCCCCCGCCGCCCUCUUCACACAAUUACCUGGAUCGUGACAGGCCUGCGGGGUCUUCGUAUAAGAAGGGAAGCGGAAAAUAUAUUCCCUAUCUCAUAGGCACAGAUAAUGAAUGGGGUUCGUAUGGUGGUAGUUAUGGAGGUUAUCGCAAUAAACAGACUGCCUAUUGGGGCCUUACAGAUCAUCGUACCAAGCCCAAGGAUCCAGUGGAUUUCAAUUAUUUCGAUUUGGGCCCCCCACCAAGGAAGGGAGAGCCGCCCCAUGAAAGCAACUCGGUUCUAAGUUAUCCAGGCUCAAGCUAUGGAGGCUAUGACAAGCAUGAUGGAUUCAACGAUCGUUUUGAUUAUCGUCAUCAGUGGACUCGACGACCAGGACCAGAUGAAUGUUCGGCUAAGACAUCCGAAGGCUUUCGUCUACACAAAAAAAUUGUCAAGCAUGUAUAUUCGGCGCCCUCUCUAACGGAAUGUGAACGCCUGUGUUCGGGUCAAGAUGGUUUUAUAUGUCACACCUAUUCAUAUCGUUACUCCUCGGGCAGCCGUGACAAUUGCAUGCUUUGCGAUAGACCCAUUAAUCGUUUGGACUAUUAUGUGGAUAUCGAACCAGAUCGAGAUUUUGACAUUUACUCCAUGGCCGAUGAUGUGAAUGUCUGCCGAAAACAUUCACGUAGUGAUGGUCCAAGAGGAGGUUCGGGUACAACUGCGUUAUCCGAUCCAAGGAAUGCUCAAUGUUUCUUCCGUGCCAUUGAUGCCACCCGAUUUUUCAAGUCCAUUGUUCGCGACUCACUAACUGUACGCUCUGUUGGCGAAUGUGAAAUGGAAUGUAUUAAAUCUACAAAAUUCACCUGUCGUGCCUUUGCCUUCCGUUAUGGACAACAACGCCAUGCCAGUGUCAUAGAUAAUUGUCAGCUAAGCGAUUGGCCUGUAAGGGAUAUGGACAAGGAACGUCAUUUGGUUUCGGACACUACCUUUGAUAUAUUCGAGAGAGCAAGUUAUGGUCAUGGCUGUGAAAUACAACCCAUUGUAGAUGAGAAACAUAAAAAAUCAUUCUGUUAUUUGGGAUACGGCUCUGCUGCCAAACUUCUAACGCCAGCCAUUAAGAAAGUUAUCACAGCUCCCUCCGAAAUGGAAUGUAAAAAGGAAUGUGUACGCUUUAGAGACUCAACUUCAUUUAAAUGUUAUUCAUUCAGUUAUGGCUCACGCAAAGCCACCUUCAAUUGUGAAAUGUCCGAUUUGGAUCAGACGGAAUUAAAACUGAAUGUUCAUUACACCCAUACUGAUGAUCGCGAAUAUUGGUUAUUCGCUUGGAAUCCAUUCGAUUAUACAUGUCGGGAUAAGGUUAAUACCAUUGGUGGUUCAAGGGUUAAUAAUAAUCGGCGUAUGGAUAUAUUUAGAGAACCUGGUGAUUUAGCCUGGCAUCAUUACUCGGUAUCGGGAAAACCAUGUCGACGCAGCAGUCCCUGUGAGAAAAAUCUUAUAACUGGUUUCUAUUCAUGCGAAAUUGAUGGUGGUGAAAUUGGUUCUUGGGAUUAUUGCUGUAAAGUGGAUCAUCCUUGCGGUUAUUCCCAGGGCUUUGAUUAUCCUUGGUGUUUUGUGGGCGAUGAACCCGACCAGUGGCGUAAAUGUAGUGAUCGUUACUAUCCCGGAAAUCAUACUCUAACCCAUUCCGGAUUGAGUGUUAAGCCCCUAAAGCCCAGCGAUAAACGAAAACCCAGCGAUAGCUACUCAUCAGCAUCAACAUCCGAUGAAUAUCAAAAGCCACCACGACCCGGUGGUCUGCAGAGUUUAAGUGACUUCACUGCCGCUCGUCUAUGGCCCGUAACAUAUCUGUACAGCGAAGGACCACCCAAUUCAACAGAGUUUAGCAAUUUUGUCGAUUGUAAUAAAGAAACGUGCUGAUUUUGAAUGCAAAAUAAGAAGAAGAGGAAGAAAACAGAAUAUCAUAAAAUCAAUUGCAAUAUAACCUAAUCUUAACUUACAUACGAGUAUUUAGUUUUGUUUUUAAGUCAUUAUUCUUUUUAGUUUUUAUAAUUUUUCUUUUUUUUGUUGUAUGUAGGCUCUAACAGAAAUGUGAUUAUUUUUAUUAUAUACGUUUUACUUUUCUUUUGCUUCUAUUAUUUUUGUCUUCUUUAAAUUUAUAAACAAAAAAAGAGAUUUUAAAUUGGUUUGGUUUUUUAGAAUUACUUUGAAAGCGUACAACAAUUCGAAUUGUUGGGGCUUCU